AUGGAAUCCUUGAAUAAACCUUUGGAUCUAUCUGAUCAACGAGAACGUAAUUUCAAUUUAGAUAGAGCAGAAUUUCUCCUAUUUCUUUCUUCUCUUUUAUAUUGUCGAGACGAUAAUAUGGUUCACAAUGCACAUGAAACACUCACUAAAUUAAAUUCAAAGAAAAAAAAGCCAACUGACAGAGAUUUACGAACAAUAUUAAAACUUCUUCAUGAUAGUGAAAACUCAAUUAGAGCACAAAUAGAACAAUUUGAUCUUAAUUUUACUUCUAUAUCGGAAUUGAAUCAUCUUGGUGGUUGCUAUGCUGGCAUGUUUUGGUCUGAGAAAGAUAACUUUAUUGUUGUGGCGUUUCAAGGAACAACUACAACUAGUUUUGCUCAAAUGUUAACAGACAUGACAUUCCAACGUAUGGAUGCAAAACCGUAUCUUUUUGGUAAAGUUCAUGAAGGCUAUUAUAAAUCAUUAUUUGAAACCAAUAAUUUAAAUCAUUGUGCUGCAUUAAGAAUGGCUGAUACAAUUCGAAUCAAAGUAGCAGAACUUAAUCAAAAGAAUAAUAAUCCAGUAAAUUUAUGGAUAACAGGACAUUCUAUAGGUGCAGCAUUUGCAACAUUGUUUUAUACUUGGUUAAUGAAAACACCUACAAUGUUAAACGAAAAUUGUAUUUUACGUGAUGCUUUCACCUUUGCAAGUCCUCCUUGCGUUGAUAAUGAAUUUGCUACUGAAUUUUCUUCUUUAAUUGAUAAUCCUGAAAAUAAUGGUAAAUCUUUAUGGCGAAUUAUUACUGAUGAUGAUUUAAUUCCUAAAAUGCCUCCAACUUUUGAUAAUCAAAAUAUUAAACGUUUUACAAAAAGAGUCGAAGUUUUAAAUAAUUCUCAUAUUGGAAAUGAAGUUCGAUUUUUUCAUGAUGGUAGAAAGCCUAUAUCAAAACAACAUCAUUUAUUCGGUAAUAAUAAAUUAUUAUUGGGUCAAGGAUUAAAAUUUAAUGAGUUAAAAAAUUUAUUGGAAAAUGGUGAUUCAUCAAAUUUACAAAAACUCAUUACAAGACCAUUAAGAAAGUUGGAUUUGAUCGAAAAAUCUAUUCCUAAUUGUUUCUUAAAUCAUAAAUCUUAUAGAUAUUUUGAGGUUUUGGAAAAAUCGAGACGAUAUUUUGAGUUGGAUAAUCAGUGA